UUGUCGGCAGUUUCCCUCCAGACAUACAUCAUUUCAGCCCAACCUCCAGCUGCUGCCACAGGGAUGGAGACUACAGCAUUGCGGGAACAACACUGACUGCAUGCCGAGUGCCUUUUCUCACAAAAGAGGCAGAAUUCAGUUGACGGAGUUUUCCUCCUCUCAGCCAGGAUCAUUAUUUGUGACGGUAAUGACGCGCAGACGGGGCUCGGUCCUGCAGCUGUCACUGGGCUGAAACCUGUCAACCUUGCAGAGGGAGGUCGGUGUGGAGACAGACAGACCUCCGAGGAGCCGGCUGCUUCUGCACCGCACCGCAGACCGGAUCUCACGUCCAACCUGGACACAUCUUUUCUUUUUUUCUUCUUCUUCUUUUUGCUGCAUUCGCGAUGAUCUGAGCGUGACUUCUAGGCGCUGAGUAGAGGCAUCCCUCCUCUUUCUCUCUCUCUCUCUCUCUCUCUCUCUCUCUCUCUCUCUCUCUCUCUCUCUCUCCUCUUCCUCCCCUCUUUCUCUCCCGCCUCCCCUCUCUGCCUCUCUUUCUCUCCUUUCUUUCCGUGGGUUCAGCACAGGCUGCCCAGUCAGUUAGCCCCCUUUUUGUUUUUUUCCAGCGCCGGGGAAGCUGAUAACGAUGGGACGAACCGGUUUCAGCACCACGGAGAGCGCCCGACUUCUGCUGCUCGGCGUCUUUGGUGUGCUGGCGCUGUCCGUGGUGCUGGCGGAGCAGGAGGGGGAGAACCUGUCCGGUCUGUCCAACAACCCAGACAAAGCCAUCUUCGCGGUCCGCGAGAACGGCACGACCUGUCUGAUGGUGGAGUUCGCCGUGAAAUUCCUCGUGCCAUAUGACGUGCUCGCUCUCAACGGGAUAGACCUGAUCACCGAGCAGGCGUCGUUCACUCUGCCGAGGAACGCAGAGAUCGAGGGCAAAUGUGGGACCACCGAGUCCGAGAUCCACAUAACCUGGAAGAACAAAGCCUACACGCUCCGCAUCUACUUCUCUAAGGAGUUCCGUGAGAAGGACACCGAGGUGUGGAAGAUUAGCAAGGUCCAGUUCGUCUACGACACCUCGGAGACAUCGCAUUUCAUCAACGCGUACAACCCUGGGCGGCACACAGCCAGCACGCACCGCCUCUCGGCCCUGGUCACCCCCGCCGGGCGCUCCUUCGUGUGCCAGGCGCAGCAGACCCUCACCCUCAUCUCCAGCGACCACCAGAAGGGCGUCACCGUGUCCAUGUACGACAUCCAGAUCCAGCCCUUCGACAUCGCCUCUGACUUCAUGUUCAGUGAACCCCACAAGUGCAUCACCGACCAGCGGGAGCGCCUGGAGGAGACCCUCCCCCUCAUCCUGGGCUUCAUCCUGGCCCUCAUCAUCGUCAUCACGCUCACCGUCUACCACUUCCACCUGAAGCUGACGGCGACCCAGCCCGUGCUCCCCAGAGAUCGCUCCAUGUACAAGAACAUGUAGCCGUCGCCAGCAGCAGCAUGGCGGCGGCGGCGGCGGCGGCGGCUCCCCUCAGCUCUCUCCAAAGCUAACCUGACAAAAGACUUGUCUCCUCGACGUCCCAGGCCUAACACCACAGAGGAAAAAGAAGUGCCACAUGAUGGACUGAAUCCACGACGGAGAAAUGUGUGUCGCCUCGUACCGCGGGCCCACCGGAACCACCGGAAGUUAACGGGACAGCUUGGGGCCUAGCAUGGAUGUAGCUGGAGGGUAAAUCCACCAAAAAUCUAAUUUACCCGGCUGCUGAAUUGAAUCUUAAACGACAUAAAUUCAUAGUCAACAUUACAGUGAUUAAAUUCUAAAGAAAAUAAAAAAACAAACAUUUAUGCUUUAAUGAAAAUAUAACAGAUUUUUUUUUCACCAACUUGGGGUUCUGUCACCUGUUUGGGUUUUUUUUUCUGGGAUCUGGUUCUGGUCACUUCAGCCAUUUUUAAUCCAACUUCUCUUUGACAGAAAAUUUUGCCGGAGCUUCUGCUGUCAUUUGUCAACAGUUUGUCGUCUUUUCUCUAUUCUCUCUCUCUCUCUCUUUCUCUCUCUGAAACUGCUGCUAAAAUUAUUUUCAGUCCCUACCACCGAUUCUGUAUUUGCUAAUCUCUUUCUGUACAGAGAAUCGCUCCACCCCCCUCUAUUUUUUUUCUUUUUUCUAUUUCUUCUGUAUUUUUGAAUGCAGCCAUAGUGUUUUCACAGUGGACAAGUCUUGUAAGUGUGUGCAGUGCAGUGGCAUUCAGAGUUGCGAUGUUUUUGGUUUUUUUUGCUUUUGACUUUCGACAAAAUCUUUUUCUCCACACUGAUGUACGGAACAUAUCAAAAAAAAAAAAGAAAAAAGAAAAAAGAAAGGAAGAGAGAAAAACUUCUGACAAAUAAUUUCUGCACUGAAUAGUGACAGAUUUCUCAGAAUGCCAUACGAGAGCGUUUAUGAAAAAAAAAAAUAGUGUGUAUAAUAUUUUCAGAAUCAAAGUCUAUGCAUAAACCUCUGCUGAUGCAAUUUUUUGUGCAGUAUUCUUCUGUUCACUGAAAUAAAUUGCUGGAAUCAUCUCUA